AUGUCCCUUACAUUGGAGGUCAGUGGGAAGAAUGCCCCUUACAUUGGUGUCAAUGGGAAGAAUGUCCCUUACAUUGGAGGUUAGUGGGAAGAAUGUCCCUUACGUUGGUGGUCAGUGGGAAGAAUGUUCCUUACAUUGGAGGUUAGUGGGAAGAAUGUUCCUUACAUUGGUGGUCAAUGGGAAGAAUGUUCCUUACAUUGGUGGUCAAUGGUAAGAAUGUUCAUUACAUUGGUGGUCAAUGGGAAGAAUGUCCCUUACAUUGGUGGACAGCGGGAAGAAUGUCCCUUAUGUUGGUGGUCAGUGGGAAAAAUGUUUUUUACAUUGGUGGUCAAUAGGAAGAAUGGUUCUUACAUUGGUAGACAGCAGAAAGAAUGAGGGUCAUUGGGAAGCAUAUCCCCUUACAUCUGCAGUCAGUGGAAAGAAUAUGCCUUACAUAGGGAAUCAUUGGGAAGGAUAUCUCUUACACUGGAAGUCAACAGGAAUAAUGUCCUUUACAUUAGUGAUCAUUAAGAAAAAUGUACCUUACAUCGGUGGCCAAUGAAAAUAAUGCCCUCCUUACA